UGGUAGAGUGGUAGGGCUUAGGAUAUAUCCAGUAUUUGGGAUUUUGUGUUGGGGUUUGUUUGUGGUGUUCAUAAUAAAUUGAAAAUUUGAGAGUGUGAGAACACGAUUGAAUAGAACGAACGAGAGAAGCAAAGCAACUGAAGCAAAUGGGAAAGGCAAAAGAAGCGAUUGUGGUGGUGGGAGCCCUAGCAUUUGUUUGGCUAACAAUCGAGCUCGCUUUCAAACCCUUCCUUUCUCAGACCCGUGAUUCCAUCGACAAAUCCGACCCGACCCGUGACCCUGACGAUGAUGCUCUUGCCGCUGCCGCCGCCGCCGCUCCUCCUCCUGCAACCGACGCUGGUGAUGCCACCGCAGAUGCCUAAAUUUGACUGUGGCGAUGUCGCUGUUGCUGUUUAUUAGUAUUUCUUUCUUUGCAUUUUUUAAUAUUUAAAUCUUAUCAUGUGUUAUGUUAUGUUAUGUUAUGUUAUGUUAUGUUAUGUGAUGUGCAAUUUUAGGAUUAGGGUUUUAGAAUUGAAUAAUACCAUCUCUCUCCCCUUGUCUUUUUAACUUUUGCAAUCAUGGUGUAAAGAAACUACUGCAAUUUGCAACUGCAAAAUCAUGAUAAUUCCUUGUUACUGU